UUUUUAGAUUUUGGAAAUUUCCCGAAAUUAUUAAAAAAGCUGGACGUGAGACGUUCAUUAAGCACAAACGUCAACAUAUUUGCAAGCACAAACACACAAAAAUAGUCAUGGCAGACGAUUGGGAGUCCGCAGCAGACAGUGAAGUUGUCAUACUACCAAAUGCAGCCAACAAUAUAAACAAGUGGGAGGGUGAGGAUGACGAUGAGGAUGUCAAGGAAAGCUGGGAGGAUGAGGAGGAGAAAAAGGACGAAGAGAAGCCCACAAAAACAGAAGUGCCAGUCAAACCUAAGCCAACCAGAGCUCUUAAAGCCAAACUAGAAGAAGAGGAGCGACUCCGAGAAGCAGAGGAAGAGAAACGUCUAGCGAAUUUAACGCCCGAAGAGAAAUUUGCCGAAAAACUGCGUGUAAAGAAAAUGCAAGAGGAAUCCGAUAUGAAACACACCUUGGACACAUUUGGUGUGACGAGUAUAAGCGGUGGACUGGAGUCUUUUAAUCCGGAAAGUAAAGAGGAAUUUAAGGAAUUCGGUGACACGCUUAGCUGGAAAGUAGCACAAUUCAAGGAAUCGCCACAUUUUCCACAAUUUGUUGAGGAUCUAGUGCGUAGCAUAUGUGUGAAUUUGAGUGCUGCUGACAUUAAAAAGGUCAAAAUAAAUGUGGAGCUCUUACAUUCGGAAAAACUUAAAUUGGAAAAGGCAAACACCAAGAAACCCAUUGGCAAGGGCAAGGGCAAAGUGUCACUGCGCACUGAAAAUGAUGAUAUUGAUGGCUACCAAAAGUAUGGCAAUGAUUUUACAGACGAUUACGAUGACUUUAUGUGAAUAGAAGAUUCCCACAUAUAUAUGUAUGCAUAUAUAACGUAUAUAUCUUCUUAAAUAUUGAAAUACAAAAAAAAAAGUUGCUUGUUGAAAAAAAAAAAAGUUCUUUGUGUUAAAAGAAACUGCGCAGGAAUUUAAAUCCUUUGUUGACCUAUGUAAGCAUAAUUGAUAAAUAUAUAUGUAUACAUAAUUAUAUAUGUAUAUACGACCACAUACACACACACCUUUACAUAUAAAUAGAAAUCAAUGUCCAUAUAUGUAUGUAUGCAUAUGGCAAAAAAUAGUCGUCAAGUCAAGCAAUCAAGAAACCUCAACGAACAUUUUGAAAAACCAACUACAGAAUAUUUAGGUACAUAUAAUUAAUUAAA